CCGGCGCCGAUGGGCUGAUAUUUUGGAGAUGUGACCUGAAUUCCUCGCUCUUGCUUGACACCAGCACCAUGACAUUCUCCAUGGUCCCUCUCCCAGUUCCACUGGUAGUCCUCUCGACGCAGCCGCUAAGUCCAGCACCGGUAUACACCAUAGGAGAAACUCAGGAUGGUGCGUGUUGCCUUGUGUUCAUCGUUUACAGAGCCAUCGUGCAACUGUGGCUGCUCAAGAAGAACAGCGACAAUACAAAUGUGUGGGAGCUGGAGAAGCCAAGUCAAAUAGGCGAGGUGGCCGGCUACCGGCGAUUUAGCAUCCAUCUGGUGGUUGCCGGACUAGCUCUUGUUCACUGUGUGGGCGGCAAGCAUUAUUGCUUGGUCAUUGAUCUCAAGAACCUGAGCCUCAAGGACAAAUUUCUUUGUCACCAUUGCGUGGCUUACCCUUACCAAAUGCCAUGGCCACCUGCUGGAUUGCUGGCUACUUCUACAUGUGAGCGAUCCACACCUCAGUCAUAUGCUUGUGGAGGUGCUGAAAAGCAGCAGGAAGCACCUUCUUCUAGUAGGAAGCGUAAGAGCAAUGAUGAAAUGUCAAGCGGUAAAGAAACAACGGAGCCAUGUAUCUACAUAGCUUCGUUGGAGAAUGAAUCGCUGGAGAAGAAAUUCUGCUAUGAGACUGGACAACCGUCUUGAAAAAAGAAGGCGAUCAAACACUU